AUGACCCCCUUUCCGCAAAAUGAUGAGCUCUUACCGGUAUUCCACCAUCAUGAAAGCAGAGAGACGCUACUCAACACCCAUAGUCAUGACCAAGACAUCAACUCAGAAAGCACACAGGCACUGCUUGACGGAAUCCAUCUAAAGAAGAACAAUAACAAGCCCCUUAUCAAACGCACACAAUUUGAGAAAUGGAAAUUCACCAUAUUCCUCGCAUUCAUAGCAAGCGUGGUCGUCCUCCUUUUCAACACGGGUUUCUUACUCUACACAGCGGCACAUCACGAACAACAGGACCAAAAGGGCGUAUUAUACGAAGGCGACUACGAAAAGGUUCACCGUUUGAACGUCGGUCUUCACUUCCUUGUUAAUCUCCUCAGUACGGCUCUGCUAAGUGCGAGUAAUUUUGGAAUGCAAUGCCUAGUUGCACCAACAAGACAAGAUAUAGACCAAGCUCACCGGAGGGGUAAAUGGCUCGACAUCGGUGUACCCAGCAUGCGGAACUUAUUCCAAGUAUCCAAGCGUCGCUUGGUAUCAUGGGUUUGUCUGGCAGUUUCCUCUCUGCCUUUCCAUUUAGUGUACGAAACACGGUUUAAAAACCUUGGAACAGUUAUGGCGAUAGAUUAUGCUAGUACUGACCGCAGGAAUAGAUACAACUCAACAAUCUUCCUCACACAAUCAGUCGCCGCAUAUAACGUCUUCGCUGGAGAAGCCUUCGAAACAACUCGAGAUUUCAAAAACCUCCGUCUAACCAACUCAUCUUACAACGCGCCAUUACAUGCAUUCUACCAAGUUGCCCAGAAUGGCUCUCUGCAUAAUCUCAGCCGUGUCGAUUGCAUCAAUGCAUUAGGGCAGACCUUUCAAUCGGGAUAUACGGCUUUCCUCUUAGUUACAGACAGUAUCAAGGGGAAGAAUGGCAGCAAUGACAGCACAUACGAUCUUAUUUCCAAUCAACGAGUAUUUCAUCCAGGGGUGAACGAGCCGUAUACUUGGUUAUGUGAGGGGUAUGUAUCAGAAAGAGACUGUAGCAAAUACCUACCUGAUCUCCGAUCUCAAGGAGGACGAAAUAAUUGGACCGUCACAGUCAACACUACCACUACUAGUACUAAUGGUACUAGCCAUGCGCCUACCAUCAGCAAAAGCUACUACAAAGUCGACUAUUGCCUUGCUCAAAACGAGCCCCAGCAUAGCAAGCUGCAAUAUUCAUUGCCGCUGGUGUUCAUUAUUAUCGGAUUCAAUACGGUCAAGUGCGUGGUCCUGCUAUACAUAUGGCUGGGCUUACCGCACGAUGAUCCACCUUUAUUAACAAUUGGAGAUGCAGUCGCAUCGUUCUUACGUCGACCGGAUAUCUACUCUCGACGAUGUUGCUUGAUAACCAGAUCCGAAGCAGCACGACUUAUCGGGCCCUUCGCUCAACAGAUCGAGAAUGGAACAUUCAUGUAUCAAAAGACCAUUGAAAAAGAUCGAAUGAGACGAUAUAAUGCCGUUUCUACUUUAAGUCUACACUCUACUGCAGUAAUUUCCUCUCUAACACCCCGGCAAAACCUUAGGUGGUUCACAACCCUAUCCGUGGGCAGCAUCGCCUUCGUCUGGUUAACAGGCUGGGUAUCAAAACUAGGCUACGCACCAAUCUGGACAGCCCCCCUCCACACCAUAAACACCGGCACCCUCCUAACCGGCAAAUUCGGCAACUGGCCCGAAAGCCUGAUCCCAAAUGUCCUCAUCACCAACUCGCCCCAAUUAAUAAACUCAAUCCUCUACUUCGCCACAAACAGCGUUCUCACCUCGAUUUGCAGCGCGGAAGAAUGGAGCAGUUACCAGUCCUCCUCUCCAGGCAAAGGCAAAGGCCUCCGCGUCUCAAACAACCCCAUCUACUCCCAACGAAGCACAUACUUCCUAACAAUCCCCUACCGCUACGCCGCGCCCUUACUAACCACAUCCGCCGUUCUGCACUGGCUGAUAUCAGAGUCUCUGUUCACGGUCGGGAUCGAGGUAUUCAGCGCCGACAUGGAGCGCGUGGCUGGGGAGGAUUUCAUCGCUUGUGGGUUUUCGGCCGUGGCGACGGUUAGUUCGAUUGUUAUUGGGCUUGUUAUGUGUCUUGUUGUGCUUUUCCUUGGGGAUCGGAGGGUUAAGGGUGGGAUGCCUGUUGUGGGGAGUUGUAGUUUUGCUAUUGCUGCUGCUUGUCAGGUUGGGUUUGAUCCUAAUAGGGAUGAGGAUGGGGAUGGGGAUGGGAGUGGAAGAGGGAGGAGCGCUAGUGCUGUGUCUGAAUCUCGAUCUCAAUCCCAAUUGCGCCGAGAUGAGGAUAUGACGGGCUUGGAUGGCCUGGCAAAUGAAGGCCGGGGCCAAGCCGAAGACAACAAAGAAGACAGGCCUGGUUUGGAUUAUCUUGGGUAUGAUAUGAGUAUCUUACCCGUUAGAUGGGGGGCUGUAUCUACGAGUGGACCGAUAGGACAUUGUACUUUUACAUCAGAGGAUAUCGAGGAAUUAGAAGAGGGGAGAAUAUACCAAUGA